UGCUUGUGUACAUGUUAGAAGGAAGACCUGAGGCGAGGCAGUAACGGAUUUAACGGACUUCGCAUCUCCUAAUCCGGACGGACGCCUAAUGAACUGAUGUGCCGUUCCCGCUCACGCAGCUCGGGCUUCACCGCUGGAUUUUAGAGCUUCGGUCGCUGCUGUGGAUGAACCGGAGCCGGUGGCGGUCAGCUGGACAUGGCCAGCUCACACCCGGCUGAUCUGUCCCAGGCCUGGGAGAACUACACGGACUGCCGCGCGCAGGGCGCAGAUCUGCAGAUCAGUCUUCAGUGCUUGGAGAGUUUUCUGUGCACGUUUCACUGUGUGCGACAACUCAGUGACCCGAGAGCAAAGGAUGCACUCAAAUUCUGCUCGGACAUGAGUGGGGCAAGUAACACCCUGGCACGGGAGUUCCUGACAGAUGUGCACCAGUUGUGUAGUGCGGUGGCCCAGCGGGCCGAGGACGAGGAGGAGAGUCACAUGGUGGCACUGGGAGAGUAUCUGGUGCGCGGACGCGGGUUCCUGCUUCUCAGCACCCUGGACUUUGUCAUUGACCAGGAGUUGACGUGUCGGGAAGAGCUGCUUACACUCUUGUUGUCUCUGCUACCUCUGGUCUGGAAGAUUCCUGUUCAGGAGGAGAAAGCCCCAGAUUUCACCCUGCCUUCACUACUAGAGGUGUUUCUAUGCCAAGAGGGAAGGACCAUCCCUCAAAGGGCGGGGCAAGAUAUAUGUGAUGUGGAGAACUCUGGGAAGCGUUUAUCUGGCUCCUGGAAGUCACGUCGUUCACGUAGAACAGCUCAGCGAUACUCUGUGAGGGAUGCACGCAAAUCUCAGCUUUCCACAUCAGAUUCUGAAGCCAACUCGGAUGAUAAAACCACAAAUACUGGGAGCAAACAUCGCCGAUUCCACAGUUCGGCCGUUCGUGUUAGUUGCCAGCAUCACCAGUCCAACAAUCCAUCACAGCCAGCAUCGCAACAUCCCACUCUUGAUGCCAUGAGCUCCAUUGAGCCAUCCGAACCUCACAGACUGUUUGGAUCUCACACGUUAGAUCCUAACAUGCUAACAGACCCCACCACUCUCUCCAUCUUCAACCGCAUGGAGAACUCGCCUUUUGACCUUUGCCAUGUUCUGCUCUCUCUUCUUGAAAAAGUCUGCAAAUUCGACAUGACCAUCAAUCAUAACCCAGGCUUGGCGGUCAGCGUUGUUCCCACGCUCACAGAGAUACUCACAGAGUUUGGUGACUGCUGUAGUCCCGGUGAAGGUGGUGGAGUUGGGAUCGAUGAACUAGCUGGAGGCUGGACUGAGGAGCCAAUUGCACUUGUUCAAAGGAUGCUUUUACGCACCAUUCUGCACUUGAUGUUUGUAGAUGUCGGUCAAAAUGAGACACUGCCUGAUAAUCUGCGUCGCAGCUUGAUGGACCUCUUCAGAGCAACUUUAAAGAUUCGUACGUGUUUAGAAAGGCAAGCCGACCCUUUUGCGCCAAGGCCAAAGAAGACUCUGCAGGAGAUACAAGAGGAUUUUUCCUUUUCAAGGUACCGUCACCGGGCCUUGCUACUGCCAGAACUCUUGGAGGGUGUCCUGCAGUUACUACUAGGCUGUUUACAGGCCUCUGCUCCCAACCCUUUCUUUUUCAGUCAGUCUCUUGAGUUAGUUCAUGAAUUUGUCCAACACCGUGGCUUGGAGCUCUUCGAGGCAACAGCUCUGCGCCUUGAGGCCUUAGCAGAAGCUCGAGAUUCAGAAGUCGCCAGUGAGGCAUCAGAGCGUCUGCGUUGUCUGAUAGCAGAUGUACUUAAGAUAAUCAGUGCGGUCAAGAGGGCCAAGUCAGAGCAGCUACACCAGUCUGUUUGUGCACGUCGUCGACAUCGUCGCUGCGAAUACUCACACUUUUUGCACCAUCACCGUGACCUCUCUGGACUGCCGGUAUCCACUUUCAAGCAGGCAGCCCGACGUAAUCCCUUUGAAGAGGACUCAGAGGGUCAUGACGGGGAAGUGCGGUACCCCGAACGCUGUUGUUGCCUUGCAGUAUGUGCCCACCAAUGCUUGCGUCUUUUCCAGCGCCUCUCACCCUCCGGUCCUGCUGUGCUGCAAGUACUGGCAGGAGUGCAAGCUGUUGGCAUCUGUUGCUGCAUGGAUCCAAGGUCCGUAAUUGGACCAAUGCUCCAGGCAUUUCAGGCUCCAGGACUUCGGAGCUACCAGUCCCACGUGUUGAGCGUCCUUAGUAGACUAGUCUUAGAACAGCUUGGAGGUGGUCAACCUUCCAAAAAGGCCAAGCUUGCCUCCUGCAACAUUUGCACUUUGGAUAAUAGCCAGUUACCUGGCCUUGAAGAGACUCUGGAGGGCUAUGGACCUAAGAAAGAAUCAAACUUAUCCAUGUCCCAAUCUCCCUCUUAUCGUUCCCAAGGUAUUCUGCCCAGUGGAGGAGCUGAAGACAUGCUAUGGAAGUGGGAUGCUUUAGAGGCCUAUCAAGAAAUUGUGUUUGGGGAAGACUGGCAUUUGAGUCAACAAAUUGCCGGUCAUGUAUGCCAGUUGACUUUACGAGGCAAUGCAGUAGUGCAAUGGCAACUCUACACUCAUAUUUUUAACCCAGUACUUCAGCGGGGUGUGGAUCUAACCCAUCAUGCCCAGCAACUUGGUGUGUCAACUACUUGUAGCCAAGUCUGCAGCUACCAUACCCAUUGCCUCCCGGUUGAGGUACUACUGGUUUAUCUUCAAACUCUGCCUGCUCUGCUAAAGUCAAGCCAGGUGGUACGUGACCUGUUCCUGAGUUUUAACGGACUAAACCAAAUCACUGAGUUGAUCUACUUGGAUUGCACUCGUCCAUGGGCACUGAAAGUGUUCGAGACACUUAUUUUGAAUGCGUGGCACCAUCACAUGGAUUCUGCUGUACAUGAGCUAGAAAGAGCGGAAGCUCAGGAGGGGGAAGCUGUUCUUGGGCUUGUAGAGGAACUGAGUUCACGUGGGGCUUGUGAUGGACCUCAAAGCCUCACUAAGUUUUAUGAAGGCCUGAAAGAGGCAUGCCCUCACCCAAAGGGCAAAUGUGCAUUUUCUGCAGUAGGGCGUAACCGAGGUGAGACGCAUUUAAACACAAUCAACCUUUUUCUGUGUGUUGCCUUCCUAUGUGUAAGCAAGGAGGCGGACUCUGACAGAGACUCUGCUAAUGACUCUGAAGACACCUCUGGCUAUGAUAGUACAGCUAGUGAGCCAUUGGGUGGGCGACUGCCCUGCCUUUCCCCAGACAGUGUGGCUCUUCCCUCUAAAGAACAGAUAAGGAGGGCUGCCGAUGUUUGGUCAGUAUGCCGUUGGGUAUACAUGGCCAGUCCAGUAUUCCAGAGGCAGUUCUUUAGACUGGGAGGUCUAGAUGUCUGUUUGCGUCUAAUGACAAUGGUCAUCCAGAAACUCACGUCUAAAAUCAAAGAAGGUAAAUUUAAGAAAAAGAGAGAGAGUAAGGGCAAAAGCAGUCCAUCUCAUGUAGACUCUCCCACUCAAGUUCUUACAGGACAUUUUGACAAUAAAGCGAUAGCUGCAGGUACAGAGGAAACCCGCCAGCAUGACACUCUCAGCCCCUCUCAGGUCGAGAGCAAGUCAAGUGACCCAACGCACAGGCUUGAAGAGGAAUGGCCUCUCCAGAGCAUCCGACUGCUGGAGGCGCUUUUGGCAAUCUGCCUCCACAGUGCCAAUUCAGCCCUACAGAGAUUUGAACCAGACCUUUCCUUUCAGCUUCAGUCAGUAGAGGAGACGCUGUGUGAGGUCAGGGAUCAGCUCUCUCAAUCUGGAGUUGUGAAUUCCGAACUUGCAGUUCCUCUGUUUGAUUCCUUACUACAUGUGGCAUUAGCGGAGAUGUUCUGCAGUCCAGAUGUCAUCAAGGAGAAACCUGACAAGAAGUCUCAGGUUAGCGGUGAGGUGGCACCUCCAGCAGGUGAUCUGUCAGAGGAGGUGGAUGAAGCUCAGGUGAGUGGCGCUCCACCCUUGGGAGAAGAGGAAGGCUAUGAGGCAGACAGUGAAAGUAACCCUGAGGACUCCAUCCGUCAGGAGGAAGGGAUAAAGGUGGAGGCUGGAGUCUCAUUGGGGGAAUGUACGUUAGGAAUGGCAGGAGUGCCUCAGGGCUCCGGCCACGGCCGUCUGCUGUUCCCGGAGAUCUGCUUGAUGGAGCUGCAGCUGUUAGCCAGCGGCUCUCCGGACCUGGAGGUUUUGGGCCACGUGUUGCAGAGUCUGUUAGGAGCCGUGAAAGGCCAUCACAAUAACGCAAAGCUGCUCUACCAGCAGGGUGGUGUGAAAGCCAUUCUCACCGGAUUUCAGAAUAUUCUCAGCCAAUCAGAUGCUUCCUAUAAAGAGUGCCAGACAAUACUGAUGGAGCUGCUCGUUGCCAUGGUGAGUGACAGGAUCACAGCGGAGGAACUUGCCCUGUUGACACGCCUCUUCCUGGAUAAGACUCCGCCCACUGAGAUCUUGCUGAGAGGCUUGCUUCAGAUUGUGGAGGCUAAUGCAGACACGGAGCCGCUCUACUUCAUGUCUUUUCCCAUGAUCCCUGGCGCAGGGGUCCCCGGCUUGAGCUCCUCUCCUGGGAUUAGGCCUCAUGGGACGGCUGGUGGUAAGGGUGGAGUAAACACUCUUUUGAGGGGUAAAUUACCGCUGGGCCGUGGUGAAGCAGACAUGAGCAGGCCCGGUCAUCUGCGCAGCUCUCCCUGGCAUACGGCACCCUUCCACCUGCCCUUAGUGGGACAGAACUGCUGGCCUCACAUGGCGAGUGGCUUCAGCGCCUCGCUGUGGGUACGAGCGGGGAAGGAUGAGGAUGGGCGUUAUAAGAAGGAAGAGGAGGCGUCUCUGUCAGAGGAGGCCCUGCAUGGUCCCGCACAUGUCACGGAGCAGCAGACAGACAGAUGUCUCCUCCAUGUCCUCUCCAUGGGCUCUAAGGCGCUGAUGCUUCAGGUGUGGGUGAACAUCUCCACCGGAGCCUUUACCUUCAGGAUUUGCAUCGAUCCAAACGAUGAGAUGAAGGCGGGUCUGCUGGCCCAGGCGGAGUCUGGAGAUGGUGUGCUGACGAUAGGCAUGUGGCAGCACUUGGCUCUUACGUACACACAGCAGCCUGAGGGCAGGAAGAACGUCCACGGUCAGCUGACCCUCUGGGUGAGCGGCAUUCGGAAGUGUGACGUCUCGCUAGACUUCACUCUGCCCAGGAAGUCCAGUUUGUCAUCAGACAGUAAUAAGACCUACUGUAUGCUUGGACACUAUCAGCACUCCUCAGAGGAGCAGGCCAGCCCAAGUGCAUGCUGGGAUAUGGGCACAUUGCUGCUCUUUAAUGGCUCCAGAAUUGACACUGCGGAGGCUUUUUACCUGUUUGCCAGCGGGCCUGACCUCACCUCCAUCAUGCCCUGCAAGUACGGCAAGCCUCAUGGGACACUAUCCAAGUACGUGACACAGGAGGGUCUUCAGUGUGAGCAGAUACGAGAGCUCCUCAUGAGGAAUACAGACGUUGACAUCGCACCUCUUAUUGAGAGUUUAGCAGUAGUUUAUGCCCCCAGCAUGCCGUCUCUCUACACCAUAUAUGAGCCGGUGAUCCGUCUGAAGGGCCAGGCCAAGUCAACGGUGGCUUCCCAGCGGCCCUUCAGUGCCAAAGAGCUUCAGAGCUCCAUCCUGGAGCCUCCUUUCCUCAGGACCAUGAUGCCCUGCCAGGCUCUCGGCCUACACAGCGUCCUGCACAAGAUCGGAGGCUCCGGCGCUUUUGUCUUCCUGUUUGCUCGGGUGGUAGAGUUGAGCGACUGUGAGAAAACUCAAUCUCUGGCGCUGCAGCUGCUGCUGUCUCUGGUUAAAACCAACCAGCAUCGCACUCAUGAGAUGCAGUGUUACCACGGCUAUUCCAUGAUUCACCAGGUUCUCAUCAAGCCCAAGUGCAUUGUGGGAUACCACGUUCUGAAGACACUGUUGGACGGCUGCUGCAGCGGGUCAAUCCUUGCGAUCGGAGAAGACAGUCAGUUCCAUCUGGAUGCCGAAUCCACUGUGGUGCUGCAAGAUCUCAGACUACUUUCUGAAAUACUGCUGGACUGGAAGAUAUGGGCCAAAGCACAGUGUGGCGUGUGGGAGACGCUGCUGACCGCUUUAGAGAUCCUCAUCCGGGUGCAUCAUCCUCAGCAGAUGUUCAACAUACGACAGCUUCUCAAGGCCCAGGUGGUUCAUCGCUUCCUGCUCGCCUGCCAGGUGCUUCAGGAGCAUCGGGACGAGUACCUGACCUCCAUCCCACAGGAGGUCUGCCUCUCGUUUGUCAAAAUCAUCCAGGAGGUUUUGGGGUCUCCUCCGGACCUGGACCUGCUGCGGCUGGUCUAUAAUUUCCUGCUGGCUGUUCACCCCCCCACCAACACAUACGUCUGCCACACCCCCACCAGCUUCUACUUCUCUCUGCACAUCGAUGGUAAGCUGUACCAGGAGAAGGUUCAGUCCAUGAUGUACCUGCGGCACUCCAGCAGUGGAGGGAAAUCAGCCUGCAGCUCUGUGCUUUCACUGUCUCCCACCGUCUUCACAGAGACGCCCGCUGAAGUACGCCACGCUUCGUCCCCCGAGCAUGGAGAUGAAGAUCUGUCACUGCGUCCCCCAAGCAUGGGCCCGUCUCCACACUCUUCUCCAGCCCUGAUGCCCCGUCUGACCCAUGGGAGCGUGACGGGGACCGCCAAGCCUGAAGAAGGGACGUCCCUGAGUACCCAGCAGGACCUGGGCAGCACGGAGACCUUGAAGCGAGGAGGAGAUGAGCUCCUCAGCAGCUGUGAGUCUGCAAAGACCAUUUGUGAUUCCCAGGAUGUGGGCGGUGAUGAGGAGGGCAGUGUCGUGGGAAACCAAACGCCAUUCAUCAAUGUAGAGGAGGAGCACGACAGCAGCCUGCCAGACUCUGAGGACCAUUUCGAUUGGACCAGCGAGGAAGCGCCACGCCGGCCAGACAGCCUGAAGGGAAUCCAGUCCUUCCAGAGGAGCCACAGUAACCUGGCCAGUCUGGGUUUGGCUUUUCCCGCACAGAACGGCUCUCUGACUAUUGCUCGCUGGCCCACCGUGGCUGACCGUGCCGCUCCACCGGAUGACUGGGAAAGUUACACCUACUCACCCGGGUAUGACAGCAAGGCGGACUCCAGUAAUGACAGGUCCAGUGCUGAAGACUGUCUGGUUCUGAUCUGCUGCGGUCUGUAUGAUCUGCUGAGAGGAGUUCUGCUCCUGCUGCCGGACCUCCUGCUGGAGGAGGUGAUGGACAAACUUGUCCAGCCGGAGGCUCUUCUUGUCCUGGUCAACCACUCUUCUCCUCUCAUUCAGCAGGGCGUCAUGAAGCUUCUGGACGCCUACUUCAGCCGCGCUCAGAAAGAGCAGAAGGAGAAGUUCCUGAAGAAUCAUGGGUUUUCGCUGCUAGCCAAUCAGCUGUACCUGCACCAGGGCUCACAGGGUCUGCUGGAGUGUUUCCUGGAAAUGCUGUUCGGACGACCGGUCGGACUUGAGGAAGAUCUGGAUCUGGAAGAUAUGGAGAACAUCUCCCCGUUCAGGAAGCGCUGUAUCAUCCCUGUGCUGGGUCUGCUGGAGAACUCUCUGUAUGAGAACUCGCUCGUGCACAACGGCCUGUGUCUGCUUCUGCAGCUGCUCAACGCCUGCCCGAAGCUAGCCGACAUCCUGCUGGACCACGGCUUGCUCUAUGUGCUCUUCAACACACUGUCCACCCUCAACGGCCUGGAGAACGGGAUUCCUCCGAAUGACUACAAGCUGGUGGUGUGUGACAUUCAGCAGCUGUUGGUGGCCGUCACCAUCCACUCCUGCAGCUCCUCGGGAUCUCAGUACUUCCGCAUCAUUGAAGACCUGAUCACCCUAUUGGGCUACAUGCAAACCAGCAAAGUUCGGCGCACACAGGAAAUGGCCACAGCACUGCAGUUCUGCGUGAUCCAGGCAGCCAUCGAUUUCAUUAAGACCACGGCCAAUCAGGACCCUCAGAAAUCCAGCAGCUAUGUUCACGUGCCCACUUCACCGCAUCACGCUCUACAGCAGAAACGCAAAAGCAUCGCAGGCCGGAGGCGGUUCACGGUGGCCCAGUCAGACUCGCUGCUGACGCGAAUGCGCUCGGUGGCCAGCGAUGAACUUAACCAGAUGAUGCAGCGCAGGAUGAGUCAAGAAAACCCCAUCAGAGCCAGCGAGACGGAGCUGGUCCAGAGACUGCAGAGACUCGUGGUUCUGGCCGUUAAUAGACUCAUCUAUCAAGACAUCAAACAUGAUUUCUUUGACUUCCUAAACUUUCCCGAGUCUCCUGAUCAUUUGAUGUCUGUGCCGUUACUUGGCGAGCAGACGACUGAUGAGAACGGCUCCACGCAGUCCACCCCAGUCCCACCAAGAAACAUGAAGAGCUUCCGGAAAGAUAUUCUCAAACUAAUGAUGGAGGGCAUAAAGAUCGGCUUGGGCAGCACCGGUCGUGGAGGCACUCCUCGCCAGCAGUGGAAGCGAAUCCUCUGGUCCUGCCGUGACACGUUCAGGGUCCAGAUCGGCCGCAUGCUGGUGCACACGCUCAGCCCCGCCGUUCCUCUGGAGGACAGGAAGGAGGUGCUAGAUUUCGUCCACGAGCAGAGCUACUCAGAGAUCCUCAGAGAAAGCCUGAGUCCCGGCCUAGAGCAUGGGCCCAAGCUGGCUCUGUAUCUGUACGAGCUGUUACACGAUCACAAAGACGCCCUGAGCAAAGAAGAGCAGGUGUCUGCCAACACCUUCAUGACGGCGCUGAAACUCUGCGGCCACCGCUGCAUCCCGCCCAGCGCUCCCGCCAAACCAGACCUCCUCAAAGCCAUCAAAGAGGAGCAACUGAAAUACGAGUCAGAAGCAAGAACCAGCAAAGGAGCCUGGGAAAAGAAGCUGGCUAACACACAGAGGAGCCUGUUGCAGAGGCUGGAUGGGAAGUCGAAAGACAUCUCGAAGAUCGCCGCUGACGUCACUCAGAACGUGUCUCUGAGGCAGGGGAUGGAGCGGAAGAAGGUCAUGCAGCACAUCAGAGGCCUUUAUAAAACCGACCUGAGCGCCAGCCGCCACUGGCAGGAGCUCGUGCAGCAGCUCACCCACGACCGGGCGGUGUGGUAUGAUCAGUCAUCUUACCCCACUUCCUGGCAGCUGGAUUCCACCGAGGGGCCCAACCGAGAGCGGAGACGCCUGCAGCGCUGCUACCUGACCAUCCCUAACAAAUAUCUGCUCAAAGACCGACACAAACUAGAUGAUGCCAUCAAGGCUCCUCUGGCCUUCCUGUUUGAGGACAAAACUCAUUCCUCUUCAUCCAUAGUGAAGGACAAAGCCACCAGUGAGCCCAUCAGGUUUACGAGAAAGUGUGUAAGUGUGGCGCCCUCUAGAGAGAUGGCAGGAGAGCUGUUGCUGGGAAAAACUGGGAUGUACUUUGUGGAGGAUAAUGUUGCAGAGACACUUGAUAACCAAAGUCCACAUGGCGAGAUGGAACCGGCCUCCUUCUCCUGGACGUAUGAGGAGAUAAAGGAGGUUCACAAGCGCUGGUGGCAGCUCAGAGACAAUGCUAUGGAGAUCUUCCUCACCAACGGCAGGACGCUGCUGCUCGCGUUUGAUACCACCAAGUUCCGCGACGACAUCUACCGCAACAUCCUGAGCUCAGAGCUGCCCAACCUACUGGAGUACGGAAACAUCUCCGCCCUCACGCACCUGUGGAGCUCAGGACAGAUAACCAACUUCGAGUACCUCACCCACCUCAACAAGCACGCGGGCCGCUCCUUCAACGACCUCAUGCAGUAUCCCGUCUUCCCCUUCAUCCUGCGAGACUACACCAGUGAGACACUGGACCUGCAGGACACCUCCAUUUACAGGUACCUCAGCAAACCCAUCGCAGUGCAGUCUAAAGAGAAGGAAGACCGUUAUGUGGACAAUUACAGGUAUCUGGAGGAGGAGUAUAAGAAAGGCAAGAGAGAGGACGACCCCAUGCCCCCCGUCCAGCCCUAUCACUACGGCUCUCACUACUCCAACAGCGGCACCGUCCUGCACUUCCUCGUCCGGCUGCCACCCUUCACCAAGAUGUUUCUGGCCUAUCAAGAUGUCAAAGAGCUCAUCCCAGAGUUCUUCUACCUGCCAGAGUUUCUGGUCAACAGAGAAGGUGGGCGCUCUUUGACUCCUGAUACUUACUUUGGCAUGGACGUAUCUGCCGUUGAAGACCCUGUGCAGCGUCGGGCUCUAGAAACUAUGAUCAAGACGUACGGCCAAACACCCAGACAGCUGUUCAACGUAUUCUGCCUCAUGAUGAUCUACAGCAAAGAGCAAGGUGUAAGGAGCAUGCACAGCACCGACAUACAGUGGUCGGCUAUUCUGAGCUGGGGUUACACCGACAACGUGCUGCGUCUGAAGAGCAAACAGAGCGAGCCGCCUAUCAACUUCAUCCAGUGCUCACCGCUGCACCAGGUGACUAGUUGUGCCUGGGUGCCGGACAGUUGUCAGCUGUUUACAGGCAGUAAGUGUGGAGUCAUAAACGCCUACAGCAACCGCUUCACCACCACGAUGCCGACGGAGAUGGAGGUGGAGACGCAGGUUCACCUGUACGGUCACACGGCGGAGGUCACGGGCCUGUUCGUCUGUAAACCCUACAGCAUCCUCAUCAGUGUCAGUCGAGACGGGACCUGCAUCCUGUGGGACCUCAACAGGUUGUGUUACGUUGAGAGUCUCACAGGUCACAAGAGUCCAGUGAACGCCGUGUCAGCCAGUGAGACGACAGGUGAUAUCGCCACAGUGUGUGAUUCAGUGGGUGGAGGAAGUGAUUUGAGGCUGUGGACGAUCAACGGAGAUUUGAUUGGUCAUGUUCACUGUCGAGAGAUCAUCUGUUCGGUGGCGUUCUCCAAUCAGCCGGAGGGAGUGUCGGUCAACGUGAUCGCUGGCGGACUGGAGAACGGUGUGGUCAGGUUGUGGAGCACAUGGGACCUGAAGCCAGUCAGAGAGAUCACCUUCCCAAAAUCCAACAGGCCUAUCAGGAGUCUCACGUUCUCGUGUGACGGUCAUCACCUCUACACGGCGAACAGCGAGGGCACAGUGAUCGCGUGGUGCCGUCGAGACCAGCAGCGCAUGAAGCUGCCCAUGUUUUACUCGUUCCUCAGCAGCUACGCUGCAGGCUGAUCCUGCAUCACGCCGCUCGUUACCCACACAGGACGGACGCUGAGAGCGACCCCACUGACCCAGGAAGAGGAGGAGCCAGCAUGCACAAAGCCCCGCCUACGAUCAUCACAGAACCCGCCCCCUGAAACGCCAUAGGAAUGGACGGCACUUGAAGCUACUGUACCAUAAAGAGCAGGGGGUCGUGAGGCAGAGCGAGCGCAGGCCUUUCCCCGCGUCAUUUCUCCUCAUCUGUUUGGACUGUGAUUCAUGUAGUAUUUGUUUUUGAUUUUGUGAUGUUUGAUUUUGAAAGCUGCUACAAUCUGGUCUGCCCAGACUGAACGUUUGAAGGCCUUUCCUUCUUUUUGUCCCUCAUCUCGCCCACCCGUCGCCAUCCUGAGAAUAGAAAUCCUGCUUUUGAAGCUAAACCAGACUGAAAUCAUCUGAACACUACCGUCCGUCUGCGUUCCUGCAGAAACUGCAUUUGGGAGGUUUUAAACGGGACAUUUUCAGCAUGUGAAGCUCGUGCAUGAGUGACAUGCAGCGGCGUAAUGAAUGUGUGCACGCAAUGCCUUCUUAAACUUCAUCCCUCAUUGACAAACCGCUGAAAUAUUUAUUCUCAAACAAGGAUGAAAGCCACAAUCUCAACGUCUGGUUCCUGUUCUUCAUUAUAAAAUGCACUUGGGACGAUCUUAUGAAUGUUAAAGGUGAUCGUGUGUCACUCAUGAAUCGCUGACCGUGCUAAUAUUUAUCCUGUGCUUUUCAGCCUGACUUUGUUUAACAGACACAAACGUCCCAGUUACCACAUCAAAUUCGUAAUAGUUCAUUAAAAACAUGUGCUACUUUCUUCUUUUCUGUUCUAGUUUUAUGUGUUGCAUGUUAUGAUCACUUAAGCAUUAUCUAACAUUGGCGAUACAAUAUAAAGUUUAGUCCGAUCUACCUCAAGGACCCUCUUUAACAAAUAAAAUUAAGAAAACUUUUGAUUGCAAUAAAAAAAACAUGUUUAUUGCACAAAGAUGACGCUAUAUCCUUAAAAAAUUACAAUUCCCCGUCAGUACAUUCAGAUUGUCACAAGGAUCAGAUGCUCUUGAAGUCUUAAAUGUGGAGGAAGAAUAAUUGAAGUCCACCAACUAAACAUGAUCCAGAAUUGUCUUUGCCUUCGUGGUUGUUUCUUUUUUUUCUGUUCUGUAUUUGCUGUUAGUUUUAGUCGUCCAUUACAUCUAAAUUGAAUUAUCUCGUCUUAUAUUUUAGUGUUUACCAGAAAGGGAAUGCUUUCACCUCUUCCCCCACUACUAUGUUUUCA